CGAAACUUUCGAGCAGGGGACUCUGCAAAUCCAAAACAAACAAAAAAACCCAAUGUCUGAAUACACAGAAGAUUUGCUAAGCAAUAAACCUUCACUUCCAUUUUUAGAUAUUGACCAAAACACGGAACCAACAAACCAGUAUGCAGACCAGUUCAAUAUUCCAAGUGUCGUGGAAUAUACAAGCUUGAAUUUCCACACCUACAUGCCCUUCUCAAAUGACACUUACUUGUUCAGCAAUCAAGAACCCGAGUUCCCCGCCGGAAACAUGAUCGAAAACUUUCCAAAAUUACAAGUUCAUUCCAUUGUUACAGAUGGAAAUGAAAGCAAGAAGAGAAUAGCAGUGGAUGAUGCAACAGAGAGCAGCUCCGGAAUCUCUACUCCCCCAGUUUCUGAAACCGGGGUCAAGCGAAAAAAUAGCGCAGAAAGAGGAAAGAGGGUCAAGAGCAAUGAGAAGGAAGAUGAGAAACCAAAGGAAGUUGUUCACGUUAGAGCCAGGAGAGGCCAAGCAACUAACAGUCACAGUCUAGCAGAAAGGGUUAGAAGAGGAAAAAUCAAUGAAAGGCUGACAUGUUUACAAGAUAUUGUCCCAGGGUGCUCUAAGACGAUGGGAAUGGCGGUAAUGUUGGACGAGAUAAUUAACUAUGUUCAGUCCUUGCAAAACCAGAUUGAGUUCCUAUCUAUGAAGCUAGCCACAGCGAGCUCUUUCUAUGACUUCAACUCAGAGACUGAUGUUACGGAAACAAUGAAGAUAGCAGGAGAGUUGGAGAGAUUGAAGAGAGAAGCUGCAGGAUAUGGAGGAUUUGGUGCUAGCUUCCACUCAACAUCUUCAACUUGGUCCCCCUGAGACAUGAAAAUGCUCUAUCUCCCAUGUCCUACUCCUCCUACAGUUCUAAUGUUAUGAUUUUUGUCCCCGCUUCAUGCUAUAUAUGUCUGCCACAAGUGGAAAACCAAAACUUGUAAAACCCUAAUUUAUACGUUGGGGGAAAUUUAUUGAGAUUAAUACAAUGCAUACAGUUAAAAAA